AUGGAGAACCGCGGCGUGCUCCUAGCAGCACCGGAACACAUCCUUGCCUUUAAGCUGAGUGGUCUGCAGUGCUUGGCUGACGGAAAGAUCGACGUGGGUAACGACAUGAUUCGGUUCCAGGACCAUCUAACACGCACAAUGUGUCGAGAUGUCCUGGACGAGUCCGACUUCACCUUGGCAGUGCAGACGCAGCUAGUCUACCCUAGCGGUCAGCUAACGACUGUGGACGGUUCCCCACACCGCUGGAAGCUGAUGCAGAUGCUGCUCUCCGUGGUCGAAGACAACCUGCCGACGCUAUGUAGCGAUUUCCCACACGCUGUCAACGUAGUGCAGCGACCCAGUGGAGGCUUCCCCAUGGUCUACAUCUUGGGCACCGAGAUCAAUGAAGAGAUUCGCCGGGUUAUCGUCGAUAGCAUCAGCAAUGGGUGUGUUCCAUUCUUCCAUCCGGCUCCAAGGAAGACUCCGAAGCGAAGGAUACAGGCCACUGCUUCCCCACAGGAAGCCAGCCAGCUCAUCAGGCGUGCCCUAUCGGACGAUGCAAGCCAAGAAGAUGUCGACGAAGCUGCUCUACUAUUUCAUGACCCGAAUUCGGUAUCGGAAGGUCUUCUGCUGGUGCGCGGCCUCUUGGCCAACGGCAUCCUAUCAACAUGCCUCAAGAAGCGAUGGAAUGUACAGUACGGACUACAUCCUAGGCGUUGGCCAAUUGCCGUCCCUUACGAAGCGAAGGGGGUACCCUCAGAACGGUCCGAAUUUGGUCACCCAGAUGUCGCUAUUCUCUUCACCUGCCUAGCGUUUUACUAUACCGGCCUCGACAAGUCUCAACUUCGUGAGGGGCUGCGACAUGUGCUGCAGCACGCAGACGACCCAGCCGUCGAGUAUGAGAGGUGGAUAUCGGGCUGCAACCCCGAGAAUCCUCCCGAGGGAUGCCAACCUGAGGGGCUACCCGCCGAACUGCACCACUGGAACGUGGUCAACAUCGACGACGACGGGCAGGUUGAAACGCUGUGGCAACAGCUGCGGAUGACGCGCCCCGUCAUAGACCACUACCUAAACACGUUUGUGUUUCCGGUCCAUGCCCGGCAAUUCUCGGUGAAACUGCAGGUGUCGGCCUGGGAUCUUCCCAUCUUCAACCCUGGUCAGGACGGGGAAGAAGGCAGCGGAGGCCUCGGAGCGCGCACGACGGGAUUCAGCGGCACCAACGACAACAAGAUGAUGCUCCCGCUUACCAUCAGCCAGGACGACCUGGCCAGUCUGCGGCAGACCAACGCGGAGGUACUGACUCAUCUGCUACAACCCCGCAACCGGCAGUACGUGUGCACGCAAGAUGGCCGGCAGCGCUGGUCGGAGGACAGGUUGAUCCAUGCCCUCGUCAAGAGCCAGACGCGCAUCCUCAUCGACGCUGGAGCAUACAUUCUCGAGAAAGACAAUGAAGCCUUUGUGCAGGCGUGGUUGCUUGCGGAGAAGGAACGGCCGGCUGCCGUGUUCUUUGGAGCAUCCGACAACCGCGAAUGCCUCAUCUACUUUGACGAAGCCCACACGAGAGGCGUUGACCUGCUGUUGCCCCCGGACGCGUGCGGGGCUCUGACAUUAGCGCUGGGGCAGACCAAGGACCACACGGUGCAGGCGGCAAUGCGGCUUCGCCAGCUUGGAUCGACGCAGUCUGUCGUGUUCUACGCCCCACCCGAGGUAGAUCAGAGCAUCCGCGACGUGUGCCUACAGGUCCUCGGGGUCAAUCCUGGCCGGAUUGAAUCGAACCAUGCGGUGCUGUGGCUUCUAGAGCAGACGUGUCAGGCCAAUGAGCAGCUGCACUCCCUCUACCUUUCGUACGGUCGAGACUUUUGCAGACGCAGCGACGCACAGCUACGGUACGGAGGCCGUCUUUGUGAAGUCCAAUCUCGCAAGGCACUGCUGCGGGUUCUUGAGCAGCCAGAGAGGCAGACACUGGUCCAGCUUUACGGUAACGACCCGACAGCAGCGAGGGAGACGCCGACACCACGUCUAGCAUCGGAGAGGCUGCGGGGCUUCGCGGAUCAGCUAGCAGCGCAGAAACAAGCGGUCAUUUCGACCCGCAAUGAAGCUCCCACAGGCGACAGCACAGGUGCCUUCGAAGAGGUGGAACAGGAGCGCGAGGUCGAAGCCCAAGUGGAGCAGAUCAGGAUCAAACAAACGCGGAAAAAGUAUCCGGCCCUGUCGUUCCCAGGGCUUGACAAGGCCAUGGUAGAGUUCGUGCGCACGGGAGAGCUGGCGCCAUCGGGAAGGUGGUACGAGCCAGCAUUCAAGUUUAUUGCCGAGACCAAUGUCGGGAUGCAGUAUAGAGUGCGCGCAGUAUCGUCGCGGGUGUUUGUGACAGUUCAGUUCAGACGUACGACAGCGCUAUCCAACAAUGAACAACGUCAGCUGGACAACUUCAUGCGACCGGUGGAAUGGGUGCUUUGGAGCCCGACGAAGGAGACAGCACUGGUCAUCAUCCCCGAGGAGCUGGAGCUCCUACUGCCCGAAAUCCGUGCUUCGAAAGCCGUACACCUGCUGGUGUAUGCGGCACCAGUGACCCGCGCCAUGGUCCGGUUCGGCAGCCUAAAGUACCUGACACUUCCACCGCUUCGCGACGACUACCAGUUCCCGGCGUGGCUGGGAACGGAGCUAGGCAUCCUGGCUGGACAGCUGUACAUGACGUAUGAUGAGAGCGUCGACAUGGGCGACUACCUGCGGAAUCACGCCUUCUGUCAGGACAUGGCGGGGUUCCUGAUGGAGUGGCUGUCGCUGCGACGCAUGGGGCAGGACGUGAUGCACACGCCAGCGGCGUACGUGUGCCAGGGACGACCUCUGCGGCGAGAUCAUGCCAUCUUUGCCGAGCACGGGCGCAAGGUGGAAGCCGACUCGACAGCACCGGUUUCUGGGAGUAACGUUGAGGAGAGAAACAAAGGCGAGGGGCUGGAGGAGACUGCGGAUCAGGUUGGCGAGCUGAAGAUAGAGGAAUGA